AUGGAUAUAGUGAAAACUUUAAAUUGUAAUAGAGCAAUCACAGACCUAGAUUCACUCACAACCAAUCUAGUUGAAUCAUGCGUUAAAGAUACUGAAGAAAACUAUCAGAGAUUCUGGAGACAUAAACUUGAAGACUCAUCCAAACUUACCUUCUACACAAGCAUAAAGGAAGACUAUGAGCUUGAAACUUAUUUGACUACCAUAACUAAUUCAAACCAAGGAAAACGUUUAACACAGCUCCGACUAAGUAACCAUAAACUAAUGAUUGAACUCGAUAGAUACGAUAUAUGUAAGAUCUGCCAGGCAGGAGAAAUUGAAAGGGAACAUCACUUCCUAACAUCCUGUGAAGCCUAUAGUAGUCUUCGAGAAAAGUUUGAAAUGAUUUGGUAAGUGAUUCCACCAAUGAAACAGAUUUAAACGAACACAGUUUAUCAGUUGAGAUAAUGAAAUCAACUGAUAAAGAAACCGUGAUAAAAUUAUCAAAAUUUAUCUCUUUAUGUUUUGAGAAGAGAUCUAAACACCUUGAAGCUCGGAAUGCUGACAGUCAUUAGGCUAUCGAACUAACUCCCAAACUUCUUCAAACUACAUACAUACUGUAAAUAGAGUAUUCAUUUAUAAACUAGGUCUUUCUUUAUAUCAAUAUAACUUCAUUUUUAUUCCUUGUAUUGCUCACAGUGUCAUAUUACUACAAAACAUUUUGCAUUUGUAAAUAUUUAUAAAUUAACUAGUAAGCUUUAGCAAUACUUGUAUGUAAAGUCUUGCUAAUAAAGCCAUUUGUUACUGUUACUGUUAAAAAAAUUAAUUUCGAACGUAUUUUGAUAUAAAUAAUGGUAUAAGAAAAAAAUUUUCUUAACUAAAAUUUAACAUUUAUUGAUCGAAUAAAAGGGUUUGACCCAUGUUGUGACAGCAAAUUGUCCAAAAAAAAUUUUUUUGAACUUUAAUUAAACGGAUGUUCGAGCCGAAAAAUUAUUUUGACCCUUUUUUUAAACUCCGGGAGAAAAUUACCCUCCCCCCCGCUCGUCAACAUUUUCGGCAAAAAUAGGGCCCCGAAACAAAAAAUUGUCCCGGCCCCCGAAAUUCUCUGAUAGGCCCUGGCUACUAUAUUUUCAAGUACAUGAACUUUGAGAAUAAAUCGACUAGAUUUAGAGUCGCUAGAUAACAACGAUUCCAAACAUAUAUAAAUGUAUGUUUCAUCAAGUUUUAAAAAUUAUAUCUGGAAUUUACUCUCUACGAAAAUAUAUCAUCCAAUUAAUAUUUUACUAUUAAUAUAACUCAAAAUAUAAACACUUUAAUUAUAUUCUUUUUUCUUUUUAACUAGUGCAGCUACGAGAAGUAUUCGAGUCGACUUGGAAUCGCCACAUUACAACGAAUCCAAAGAUAUAUAAUUAAAUAGUCUGUUCAACUGUUUCAUCAACCUCGUACCCAGGGCCUUCUGCUGAGGGCGAAGGCCCUGGUAAAUGCUGGUCAAAUACUCCCAGAAUUUAGGAGUAUUUUUGAAUCUCAUUAAAAUUUAUAAUGGCGAUCAGGGGGGAGGGGAGUUCGAAGGAGUUAAAAUGGAAAGCAAUUUAACAUGGAUGACAAAAGGUUUCAAAAGACAAAAUCUAUACUUUAAUAAGCAGCAAUACUUACAAUUUCAGUCAAAGGUAAGUUACAAAAUACUUUAUAUAUUUUAGUUAAAUUGUCUCAUGAGACUCAUGAAUGUUAUUGUCGAUACGUUACAUUACUUAAGAUUAUGAAAAUAUACGAAUAUAAAAGUUUAUUAAGGAAGUCUGAAAAUAUUUACGUGUAUUAAUAAGGCAAUUACAAACUCACAAUAUCCCUUCAGGUUGUGACUGAUGAGAAAUUAUUUAUAUCUUACAUUCUUUCUUAUGCAUUUCUUUAACAUAUAAAAAAACUGAAGAAACGCUCUUACGUCCCUCAGUAAGUCAGUUUAUACGAUUUCUAUGUACCCACGAGGUCAUAUUUACUCGUUUGAGUUAUUUCUAUUAAUGAAAAAUCCUUUUUAUUUUUGGGUUUUGUCUCCCAUAGCAAUCUGCUUUUUGUGCUUUUCUAACCAUGUGAAAAGUUCACUCAUAUUAACUGAUGAUGUUGGUGAAACAACAAUUUCUUUAAAAUUGUGAUGAUAUCUGCCUUUCUUUGUGUUGAAUGGUUGUAAUUUUCGUAGAUCCUGAAACAUCAUGACUUCUUCAUUACUGGUUUCCUUGUGUGUAUGAGAUUGAGAUGCUGGUUUGAUAUUGCUGACUUCAUUCACUCUCUUCACUAUUUGAUCGACACCUGCAGCAGUUUUAGAUGCCCUCAUCAUUGCUUGAGGAGUCUUGUUGGCCCCCAUUCCCUUGACAAUAUCUUUGCUUACACGAUUACAUAUCUCUUGCGCCAUAUCACAUGCUAUAUUUUUCCCUUCUCCACCAUUCCAAUUUACAAAUCUGCCCCAUUUCAAGCGAUGAGCCAUUUCUUCAGAGCACAGAGACUUGAUUUGAGCAAUCCAUGUGAACAUCUCCACAGAAUAGUUUUUAAAUGAGUUAGAUGACUUAAAGUACAUUAAUAGCCUUUUCUUAUUGAUCAUGCUUCUUUCUCCAUCACCCUCUUUACACGUAUCGAUCAAUUGCAUGAGGAAAACCACAAGCUCAAUAACAUUGAGCCCAUAUGCCCUGUCAAAAAAUAUAUAGAGAAUAAUACAUGGGUGUGCAGAAAUACCAGAUUUAUUUUGAGUGUUAAACAUGAUAUACAGGACAGUCUUUGAAAAGCGAUAAUUUUUAAGGACAGUCUUUGAAAAGUGAUAAUUUUUACAGAAAAGCGAUGAUUGAAAAGCAUAAUUUUCACAUGUGAGAUUAUCAUGAAUAAUCUCACAUGUGAGAUUGUCACUUUUAUCAGUGCUAAAAAUCUCUAUAAAGCACUAUACUAUAUAAGAAAAGUCAAUUAUGAAUGGGUAUUCCUAAAAUAUUAUUUUUCAGCAUGCUACCUACCUUACUUUGUCCGAUUCAAAAAUUUCUUGCUCUCCUUUUGGCAAAGCAUAUUCAUUUACAAAUUCCCCAACAACUUCCUGAAAAUAUUCUAUCUUCUUUUCAUUUUCCUGGCUAUGGAUAUCUGCUGGAGGUACAUGUUUGGUUGGGCUUUCUUCUAAAUUCCCCAUUCCCCAAAAUUCCAUUGCUGCUUCCAAAAGGUAUGCUUGACCCACCUGAAGUAGCAGUUGCUCACACCCUUCAUAAGAAUCAGUAACUUUCUUCGGAGUUACAUUACGGUGAUUGAAUUUUUCACGAAAGAACUUUAAGGUGCCAACUUCCCUGGUCGAUUCUGCCUUGUAUAGGAGGUUGUAUACAAACUAGGAUAUUAAGCAAAUACAUUUAUAUCUUAAAACUUCAAAGGCAACAUUGUGUGUUUGAAGUUAUUUGGCAUAUUUAUUAAUUUAAAUUUUAUUUCUCUUUUACCUGAACAUAGGCCAUCUUUGUGUGGAACAGCUCGGCAACAAACGGACAACAAUGAUCAAAACGAUGUUUUGCAGUAUUGGCACCAGCUCUUAAAUCUUUUGCUCCUGCAAACCUCACCCUGGUCAUCUGGUCUCCCCCAAAUG